AUGGCACCACUACUAGACACUUCAAUAGUUCCAGUCCCGCCAGCAGCAGCACCCCUAACGGUCCUCUGCUCAACCCGCGUCAUCCUCCCCGGCGUGGAGACACUCGCGAGCAUACUCAUAUCCCCCACCACUGGGAAAAUCACAAACAUAAUCCGCUCCAUCCCUGGCCCCUCAGCGUUUCCACCGGGUACAAUAUACCAUGACUACUCUCCCAAGGUGAUAAUGCCGGGCCUGGUGGACGCGCAUGUUCACCUGAACGAACCCGGCAGGACUGAAUGGGAGGGAUUUGAGACGGGGACGAGGGCUGCAGCGUUUGGCGGCGUCACCACUAUUGUUGAUAUGCCGUUGAAUGCCAUUCCGCCGACUACUACUGUUGAGAAUCUUGACCUCAAGGUCAAGGCCGCUGAGGGGCAGUGUUGGGUCGAUGUUGGGUUCUAUGGUGGGGUUAUUCCUGGGAAUGAGGAGGACCUUGUACCGUUGGUUAAGGCGGGUGUUAGGGGAUUCAAGUGCUUCUUGAUUGAGAGUGGGGUUGAGGAGUUUCCGGCUGUUAAUAUGAAAGGCCUGGUCAAGGCCGUAGAGAAGCUGAAGGACUCUCCAACGAUCCUCAUGUUCCAUGCCGAGAUGCUUCCUCCACUCUCAAUGUCCGUCGGAGACAACGUCCGUCAUGGGGAUCCUCCUCUUGCACCUGCUGGGCCUUUAGAUGCCUAUAGCACAUUCCUUGCCUCCCGCCCUCCAGCGUUCGAGACCUAUGCCAUCGAGGAAAUCCUUUCUCUUGCAGAUAUUGCGCCUUCACUACAGCUUCAUAUAGUCCAUCUUUCCGCUAAGGAAGGAAUCCCGAUUGUUCGUGCGGCUCAGGAAGCGGGUGUCAAGCUUUCAGCUGAGACAUGCUUUCACUAUCUCACACUCGCGGCAGAAGAUAUUGAAAAUGGUGAUACUCGCCAUAAGUGCUGUCCUCCAAUCCGUGAGGGUUCUAACCGUGACGACCUCUGGGAUGCUCUCAAAGAAGGUUUGAUCGAGACGGUCGUCAGUGAUCAUUCUCCUUGCACCGCCGGCCUAAAGGCACUAAAGGAAAAUAGCGGAGAUGGCGACUUCUUCCGGGCCUGGGGCGGUAUCUCUACCGUUGGCCUAGGGCUCAGUGUUCUCUGGACUGAAGGGUGUAAGAGAGGUGUUUCCCUUGAGGAAAUCAGUUUGUGGACUAGCUACAAAACAGCUAAGCAAGUCGGUCUCCUCGGUCGGAAGGGCUGUCUGGAAGUCGGAUGGGAUGCCGAUAUCCUUGUAUUUGAUCCCGAAGCCAAGUUCACAGUGACCUCGACCGAUAUGCACUUCAAAAACAAGGUCACCCCGUACGAGAAUAAGACCCUUACCGGUAAAGUCUGCGAAACUUGGCUAAGGGGCCGUCAGAUUUAUUCUGUUGGCGGCGGUUUCGACGAGAAGAUUGGUGCGAGUGGGGUGAUGUUAUUGGAGCCGAGAGUCCAUCCUAUUCAGGCGCUGUAG